AUGUUGAUGGGAAACUUAUCGGUAUUUCUGAGCGUGCUGGUGUUCAACCAAUGUUCGGCCUAUUUCAACGUUGAAAAGCGCCAGGACUGUUUCUGCCAAUUAUACGGCACAAUAGACGAGUGUUCGUGCAACAUAGACACCGUAGACCACUUCAACAACGUCAGGGUCUACCCGAGAUUGAAGAGCUUACUGUUGAAGGACUAUUUCAGGUUCUACAAGGUGAAUUUGAAACGACCAUGUCCGUUUUGGUCCGACGACAGCAAAUGCGCCAUGAAGGACUGCCACGUGCAAACCUGCCCCCCCGAGGAGAUCCCCGAGGGUCUAAAAGGACAAAGGAGGCCUUCGGUGAGCGCGGGACCCAGCCAAAAGUACUCGAAACGGACCAACGAAGACUGCGAAACCCAUCACAACGAUUUAGAUUAUUUAAAUAAGACUAUAUCGGAGAAGGUCCAGAAGGACAUGCAAAUGUGGGAGGCCUACGAUGAUGCUACAGACAAUUUCUGCGUGUUAGACGAAAACGAUCAAGAAGCCGAAUAUGUCGACUUAUUACUAAACCCCGAAAGAUAUACAGGUUAUUCGGGCGAAUCGGCGCAUCGAGUAUGGACGAGCAUCUACCUGGAGAACUGCUUCAGGCCCAAGAAAUCGUUCAGCUUCAAUUCCUACAUACAGAGCCACAAAUUGAACGAGCUGUGCUUGGAGGAGCGGGUCUUUUACCGAUCGGUUUCCGGGCUACACGCCAGCAUCAACACGCAUUUGUGCGCGGAUUAUUUGUUGGGGAACGGUAACGGUUUCGCUUUGGGCAAGACCAAGUGGGGUCCCAAUUUGGAGGAGUUUAGGCGAAGGUUUUCGCCGGAAACCACCAACGGCGAGGGCCCCAAUUGGCUGAGGAACCUCUACUUUAUCUACUUGGUGGAGCUGCGCGCUCUAGCCAAGGCGGCGCCUUAUUUGGAACGAGAAGAAUUUUAUACGGGCGACGAAUCGAACGAUUGGGACACCCAAAUGGCCGUCAAGGACCUCCUCAACGUCAUCAAAUCCUUCGGCGAUCAUUUCGACGAAACCACAAUGUUCGGCGACACCGAGCAGGCCGUGAAAUUGAAGCAGGAAUUCCGGCAACAUUUCAGGAACAUCACGCGCAUCAUGGACUGCGUCGGUUGCGACAAAUGCCGCCUGUGGGGCAAAUUGCAAACCAACGGUUUGGGUACCGCUUUGAAGAUACUCUUCAGCGGGAAAUUCGAUCGAUUGAUCGACAAUCGAUCGUUGGAUUCGCUCAAUAAAAAAGAGUUUCAAUUGCAGAGGAGCGAAAUCGUGUCGUUGAUCAACGCGUUCGGUCGAUUGUCGAAUAGUAUUUAUAAAUUGGACGAUUUUAGACAGAUGAUGAGGUAG